AUGGCCUAUGACCGCUAUGUUGCCAUCUGCAAACCCCUGCACUAUGGGACACUCAUGGGCAGCAGAGCUUGUGUCAAAAUGGCAGCAUCCGCCUGGGCCAGUGGCUUUCUCAAUGCUCUCCUGCACACUGCUAACACAUUUUCAAUACCACUCUGCCAAGGCAACACAGUGGAGCAGUUCUUCUGUGAAAUCCCCCAGAUCCUCAAGCUCUCCUGCUCAGACUCCUACCUCAGGGAAGUGGGCCUUCUUGUGGUUAGUAUGUGUUUAGGCUUUGGGUGUUUCAUUUUCAUUGUGCUGUCCUACGUGCAGAUCUUCACAGCUGUGCUGAGGAUCCCCUCUGAGCAAGGCCGCCACAAAGCCUUUUCCAUGUGCCUCCCGCACCUGGCUGUGGUCUCCCUGUUUGUCAGCACUGGCAUGUUUGCCUACCUGAAGCCCCCCUCCCUCUCUUCCCCAGCUCUGGAUCUGGUGGUGGCUGUUCUGUACUCAGUGGUGCCUCCAGCAGUGAACCCCCUCAUC